AUGUCAUCCGCCCGGUCAAGACGCCUCAAGCACGUCGGCGUCCUCCUCCCACCGCAGACCCGCACCGACGAUCCGGCUCGUGUGUCCCAAGAGUGGCCUAGGAUAGUCAACAGCUCACACAUCGCAAGCAAAGGGUUUCUCCUAGUCGCACUGCUCCCCGGGAGGUCGCAAGUGCAGGUCGUACAGUCCAUCCAGACGGGCGAGCUCUUCGUGCACAAGUUCGUGCGGCCGAAGCACGACGACCCAGCCCUGCCAGAGUACCCAGAGCCGCUGGAGCUCCGCGUGUCGACGUGGCAGGACCAUAUUCCCAACGGCCAGUUCCCCAAUGCCGUCCCGGUGGGCGUGCUAGACUCGUCGUUUCCGUUCUUCAACUCCCUGGAGUUCUGGCAGUACUAUACUCCACCUGACGAUAGCGAUAAUGACCCAGCGUAUUCGCUGUACUUUGAACGUUUGUUAACGGCUGUUCCACAGGCUUGUUCGGAGACCUUCGCGCUGCCCCAGAUCGUCGUGGGCGACUUCGGAAACUCGGGGGUUGACGGGGACGACCCGACGAUGCUCCCCCUGAACGUGUGCGGGGGCGACACCCCGGACAACAACGAGCUGCGGCUGUGGGAGGACACGUACGGCGCGGGCAACACCCUCCGCCGGCUGUGCCAGGCCCACCUCCCCUACGACGAGGGCGGCGUCGGCACCGCGGACUGGCUGACGCGGCGGCCCGACAACAUCAGGAUGGCAGACCUCAACGCCCGGGACGCCUCGGUGCCCAACUACUCGGACGAGCUGGUCGGCCUGCUGGCCAACUUCGAGUGGGAGUUCAUGGACACGGGGACCGAGAUCAGCGAGCUCGACAACCCCCUGGCCCGGGUCCCCGCCACCUCGAGGUGGAUGGUCGACACGCUGUACCCGGCCGCGGCCGCGCGCGUGGCGGCCUACCGCAACCCGCCGGGGGGACGCCCGAGAGGGUACUUUGACGCGUUUGACGUCUCCUGGGCGAGGCCGGGGACCCUGAUGCCCUUUGUGUAUAACCGCAGCCACGCGGCUGCCGCCGGUGACGCUUUAGCUGAGGGUGUUACCGCCGGUCGUGCCGACGAUGCCGAUGUCACGAGGAUGCAGCAGCUUGCGGCCUUGCACCAGUGGGAAGACGUCAAGCCGAGGUAUGAGCUGCGCUCUUUCGAAUACGUUAGCCCGAGUGGCCCGGCGAUCGUGGACAUGAAAUACCCGCCGCCCUACGCUGACAGUGAUGAUGACGAUGACAGUGACGAUGGAAGCUUAUAG